UUAAGAAGAUAUAUGGUGAUGGCCAGGGCACCAUGCAGUAUAUCACCAGUGUGCUGAAUGAGUGGGGCCAGUUCUUGACCACAGUGGUGGUGGCAGCUGAGUCUGAGGGGUGCUACAGAUGUAUGGCCAAAGGUCUGAUGGUCCGCUUUGAACGAGCUAGGGCUCCUGCACCAACUGUCAUAUAUGCAGAUAACAACUGUUGUCGUGGCAGUGGUUCGUCCUUCCUGGAGAUUCUGUUCGGGCACUGGGUGCAGAAGGGCACUGUGGUCAGACUGGACAUCCGACACUGGCUGCAACGCUGGGAUGCUGUUGUCAUCAAACAGAGCCAUGCCAAGUAUGGGGUGUUCAUGAGUGCCCUGGCAGGUACAGUGCUGGCCUACAACAAGGACGAUAUGAUGCUCCUAAUCCAAGCAGUCAGGAAGGGCAACCAGGAGUUGUACGCCAGUCUUUCAGACGAGGACAUGAUAGCCUUCCUCAAACCUCACCAGAUCAGGUCCUAUGUCAGACGGAUCACCCGUGGGAUUGAAGAGACAGCUUCAGCAAUUGAGUCCAUCAUUAUGGAGUUCAAGGGACCUGCAGGCCUUGACAUUGAUGGAAUCCACCUGUUCAAAUCAGCACAGGCAGUGGAUUCUCACUGGGCAACUGCAAGCAACCAUCUUAGUUGUAUGCAGGACCCCCCUGGCAUACAGCUGUAUGUGUCAGUGAAGGUGGUGUUGCUGAAUGGUGUCUGCGAGGCAGUAACUCCUUGGAGGGCUUGCACUCACACAUGUACAAUGCCAUUCCCUCACAGAGAUGUGGAGUUAUGCCAUUCCAAGUGUAUCUGAUUGCAUUUACUGUGCAGUGGAACAGCCGGGUUGCUGGUGGUCAUGGCAGGCAGACGUGGUAUAUGGACCCGCGGC